UCAGCUGCUCUGCUAUAUCUGUUAUUCUCAUUCAGUCAUGCUAGUCCAAUUGCUCCAUAUUGUGACUACAACUUGAAGUCUUGAACCCUCACUCUGUUUCCAAAUGGAAGUUUUAACUUGUAAGUUGUAACCCAAUUCUCCACCAACUUGAUUCUAUUUCCUUCGUCGCUGCUCUGAGUUGGCUUUCUUCUUUCCGAUGGAAUGUGAUCAUAUCUGAAACAGGGCAUAUAAUGUCAGUGGUGUCGGCAUUAGACUUCACCAUGACUAUGGUUUGGCUUCUAGUAUCACUGGUUUUCUCUUUUGGCGCUCCAUCAACUGGGUUUAACAGCAACAUUUCUUCAAGACCAGCCGUUGUGCAUCUAGGAGCUAUUUUGACACUGGAUUCUGCCAUAGGAAAAGUCGCAAAGGUUGCAAUGGAGACUGCGGUAGCAGAUGUAAAUGCCAAUUACAGUAUUCUUCGUGGAACCAAACUGGUCCUCACGAUGCAGGAUGCAAAUCAUAGUGGAUUUCUUGGCAUUGUUAAGGCUUUGCAGUUCAUGGAGACUGGAAUUGUGGCCAUCAUUGGUCCUCAAUCUUCUAUUUUAGCCCAUGUAAUCUCUCAUGUUGCAAAUGAACUCCAAGUCCCUCUGGUAUCCUUCGCAGCGACAGACCCAUCACUCUCUUCACUUCAGUACCCUUUUUUUGUGAGAGCAGUGCAAAAUGAUCUGUUUCAGAUGGCUGCAGUUGCUGAGAUUGUUGACCGCUACAAUUGGAGAGAAGUAACUGCUAUCUUCAUUGAUGAUGAUUAUGGGAGAAAUGGGGUAGCAGCAUUAGGGGAUCAACUUGCUGAGAGACGUUGUAAGAUCUCUUAUAAGGCAGCUAUGAGCCCUGAAAUGGGCCGUGAUGAGAUUGCAGAUGUACUGGUUAAGGUAGCCAUGAUGGAAUCACGGGUUCUAAUUCUCCACACCUAUCCAGAAUUGGGUCUCAAGGUAUUUGAUUUGGCCCAUAAUCUUGGAAUGACAGGAGCUGGAUAUGUUUGGAUAGCUACCAGUUGGCUCUCUACUGUCUUAGAUACUGAUUCAUCCCUCCCCUCAGUUUCCGUGAAUUUGAUCCAAGGAGUUCUCACCUUGCGUAUGCAUACACCAGACUCAGAGCAGAAAAGAAAAUUUUCCUUUAGAUGGAAUAAGUUAACCAGGGAAAAUAAGAGUGAACAUUUUGGGCUGAGUGCUUAUGGCCUGUAUGCUUAUGAUACUGUAUGGCUGCUAGCUCAUGCAAUUAAUGCAUUCUUUGAUCAGGGUGGGACUAUUUCAUUUUCCCAAGAUCGGAGGCUGAAGGAUGAGCAUGGAGGGAAUCUGCACCUUGAGGCAAUGAGAAUUUUUACCGAAGGGAAACUGUUUCUUAAGAACAUUCUACAGAGCAAUCUGACAGGUCUAACUGGCCCUAUUCAGUUUACUUCAGAUGGUUCCCUCAUUCAUCCUGCCUAUGAAAUCAUCAAUGUAAUUGGCUCUGGUUUUCAAAGAAUUGGUUAUUGGUCUAACUAUUCAGGGUUAUCAGUUGUGCCUCCAGAGAUGCUCUUCAAGAACCCACGUAGCAGUUUGAGUUCCAAUCAACAACUAUACAGCGUAAUUUGGCCUGGACAAACAAUGACAAGGCCUCGUGGAUGGGUUUUCCCAGACAAUGGAAGGCAGUUAAGAAUUGGAGUCCCAAAUCGAGUUAGUUAUCGUGAAUUUGUCUCACAAACAAGAGGAACUGAUGUGUUCAAGGGGUACUGCAUAGAUGUAUUCACUGCUGCACUAAGAUUGUUACCAUAUGGUGUUCCAUAUAAAUUCAUCCCGUUUGGGGAUGGUCGUAAGAACCCAGAUUACAAUGAUCUUGUCAAUCUGAUUACAACAGAUGUCUUUGAUGCUGCUAUAGGGGACAUUGCAAUUGUCACAAGCCGUACAAGGAUUGUGGAUUUUACACAGCCAUUUAUUGGAUCUGGGCUAGUUGUAGUGGCACCUGCUACUAAAUCAAACUCUAGUCAGUGGGCUUUCCUGCUGCCAUUUACUCCAAUGAUGUGGUGUGUUACAGGUAUAUUUUUUCUUGUUGUAGGAGCAGUUGUUUGGAUUUUGGAGCAUAAGACGAAUGAUGAGUUCCGUGGCCCUCCUAAAAAGCAAGUUAUCACCAUUCUAUGGUUUAGUUUCUCAACUAUGUUUUUCGCCCAUAGAGAGAAUACUGUCACUACCCUUGGUCGCAUGGUGCUGUUCAUUUGGUUAUUUGUGGUUCUGAUAAUCAACUCAAGCUACACAGCCAGCUUGACAUCAAUCCUUACAGUUCAACAACUAUCUUCACCCAUCAAAGGGAUUGAAAGUUUGAUAGCAAGCAAUGAGCGUAUUGGCUUCCCACGGGGUUCUUAUGCCGAAAACUAUCUGAGUGAGGUACUUAAUAUUCCCAAGUCAAGGCUUGUUCCUCUUGGUUCAGCAGCAGAAUUUGAGCGAGCUCUUCAAGCUGGUCCCAAGAAGAUGGGUGGUAUUGCUGCCUUGGUCGAUGAGCGUGCAUAUGUCAAACACUUUCUCUCAACUCGGUGCAAAUUCACAAUCGUAGGCGAAGAGUUCACCGAUUUUGGAUGGGGAUUUGCCUUCCCGAAGGAUUCUACCUUGGCAGUUGAAAUGUCAACUGCCAUUCUGACUCUAUCAGAGAACGGAGAUCUCCAAAGGAUCCAUGACAAGUGGUUGACAAGAAGGGCUUGCAGUUCACAAGGAGCAAUGCUUGAAUCAGAGCAGCUUCACCUUAGGAGCUUCUGGGGCCUCUAUGUCAUAUGUGGGUUAGCUUGCUUUCUAGCUCUCCUUGUAUACUUCAUAUUGAUAAUACGCCAGUUCAGCAAGCAUUUCUGUGAAGAGCUCAAAUCUUCUGAUCGAUCUAGUUCACGCUCCACAAAUCUCCGAAUGUUCCUGUCAUUUGUUGACGAGAAGGAAAAGACAACAAUGAUCAGGUCUAAAAGAAGAUGGUCAGAGAGGUCUUUGAAUGGCAAUGAGAAGGAAGAUGAAUCAAUGAAUGGGUCCAAGAGAAAGGAUGUGGAAAUGUGUUCAGACAACAAUAUUAAUGAUGGUAAUUAUCCCAGUUCAAGUAUAUUGUCAAUUUUCUUGUAGAUAUUCUCUUUAUGCACUCUAAUUUGUGCUUGUUGUAACAUUCCUGAGUUGCAAGUAUGGUAUGCUGCUCUUGGUUCUGGUUUUGACACAUUGUGCUUGGAUUGGCAAUGAUGGUUUCUACUCCACUGUUUGGGAGCAAUUUGUU